GAAAAGUUUCGCGUUCCAUUUCCGGUUUGGACCUCCCAGCGUCGUUGCUAUCUUCACCGCGGUGUUCGUUUUUUUUCUUGAACGCGCUUUUAAAUUGUUUUUAUGAAAACACAUUUAUACAAUGAAAUAUCAAGAAUAUGGUGAUGAGUUUCUUUUUGAUGACUUCCCAACAAUAUGUAAUCCUACCCAAAAAGUGUUUCUUACACAUUUAAAUACGCAAUUAAAGUUGCCAAAAAUUAUCCCUAAAAUUUAUACAACGCAAAUAUUGGCAAAACAAUUUAUUACAUAUUUAAAUUGCAAAGGUUUUGUAGAGAUUUAUGAAACUCAUUUCAUUAUCUUGACACCAUUUCAGCCAUACAAACUUCGGUGUAAUGAUGGGUCUAUUCUUAAGGUGCUUAUUUGUGAGUCGAAUGAUAUCAGUCAUCAAUUAAUGGUAUUGUUUUAUAAAGUAUUUUUUAUUUCAGAAAGAAAAGUUACCCAUUUAUACGGCGGAAUUUGUACAGAUAUUCGAACUAUUAUCUUAAAUGAGAAAUUUUCUGAAUGGAUUGAACAUGGCGUUAACAAACUUUAUUUGAAUAUAAAAAGAAAUACGAAUUCGUGUAAUCCUAGGUCAUUAAAUGAUGCUCUUGAUGAAAUUGAAAAUAUAAUUAGAAAUGACGAAAACAUAACUAUAUGCAUUCCUACGUUUGGAUAUGAAAUGUUUAUUAGCAAGUUAUCUGAAAGAUUCCGAAAACGCAUUGUUAUCGAAGGACCUUUACUCAUUCUAUAUAAAAACCUGGAUAAUAUGAAAUAUUUCAUUAAAUCGAGUGUUUGUAAUUCAAAAAUCGUAUUGACUAAUCAGGAACUUACAAUGCAACAUUUAAUAAAUGACCUUGGGAAUAAAAAAAUAAUUAAAAUUGUAGAAAAUGUACAAAUUUUUGAUAAAUCUAUAAACAAUUCGGGUUAUUAUGAAAUUCAAUGGUCACCAUUCCCUACUCCAUUCCAUUUAAAAUUAUUAACGGGCGUAACUAGGCCUACUAAAAUAAUUGCAAUAUCUCAAUCGUGUGAGGUUGAUAUUCAAAUCCCAAAUUAUUUAUAUAAGUUAUGUUCUAUUAAGAGACAUAAUAUUUCACUAAAAAUAAAUUGGGAAAAAAAGCGAGAAUUAGCAGAAAAAAGGACGCUCCCAAUAACGUAUAUGAGUGCCAACAAUACUAUUAAUCGAAGUAAAAAAAAAUCAUCUAUAUAUCACAUUCGAAAAUUAAAUUUAUGUUACUUGGAGGACGGAGACUCGGACAACAACUAGUUCAUAAAAUAAUUAUAUUAGGUCCAUUCAAACGGCAAAAAACAAGUUGCUUGCUUUAGUUUCUAAACGAGAUAUUGGCAUUACUAUUGCAAUCUGUCAAAUGUUAUGCUUUCUUAAGACGCAAAGGUUGCAUAUUUAAACAUAAUGCAAGUAAACUCUUUUUUGCAUAUUUAUUAAUAAAAACUAAUAAAUUUAUUAGCAAGUAAUAAACUUUUAAGCAUCUCUUAAGCUUAUUGCCAACUAAAAACUUAAUACCAACUAAUAAUUGUAUUGCAACUAAUAAAUUAAAAAAUUUAAAGCUCUUUUUAGUUAUGUACUUAUCAUAUACUCCUAAAAGUUUUUUUUUGUAAUUUUAAAAAUAUUUAUUUUCCAAUUCUGCAUAUU